CUAUGUUUAUGUUUAGCAAUACAUGCGAUGAGGGUCAAGUAGCCCAGAAACGGGAGAGUCUAUUAUUAUUUUCACCUUGCAGCAGGACUGAUGCAUGUGAGCCAGACACUCAAGAUUUUUAGGAGGAUAAAAGAAGCUAAACCUACAGCCUCUCUCGUCCUUACAACUCAUUUGCGACAAAGACAUCUCCCUCAUUGGACAUCAUAUUUUGUUAAAUAUAGUGAUGUAACCAGUGACCAGAGGGGUUUAUCACACUUCAAUUGGAAGGUUGAUGGAGCAAAUUAUCAUAUCCUUCGAACAGGAUGUUGGCCAUACAUGAAGUAUCACUGCACCAAGCGACCAUAUGAGGACCUUUCUGUAGAUGACAAAUUUUUCCGUGUUUUGAAAAUUGCAAACCUAGGUAUACCCUGCCUAGCCUAUGGUUGUGGUGCAUCAUUUCUUAUAAGUUGUCAAGAAGAGAUUCAUACGCCUGAAGGAACUGUUACAAUUUACUUCUUAUAUGAAGAAGAUCGAGGCUCCAUGUAUUAACAGGACUUAAG